AUGCCAUCACCCAAGCGGCUGUUCUUAGCCGAUGAAGAGCUUGGGAAGAAAGACGACGACCAUCGGCUGAAGAACCAUCCGGAACAGCGAUGGCAGCCAAAGCCAUGGAAGCUUGUUCGACGCAGGAGAGUCUUUCUUAUUCCAGUCAUACUCUAUCUUAUUUAUAUGUUCUUCAAGAACAUGCCAACAGACGUCCCUCCUGCCAGAGAUCGGCUGCAAUCCAAGUUGCCGCCAACACACCAUGUCAUGUCUGAUACGCCUCUUCCGCCAGGGUUAUCUCGGUCUGACCCUCCUCCACGCGCGGAGCCUGAUGGCAGGGACAAAGAUGAUCUAUACUACGAAGGGAAACUUCAAUUUUAUAACCUGGCAAGGACCCUGAAACUCUUUUCCGGCCAUGGUGGGAAGAGCCCUUCUAGCGCAACAGUAUUCGCAGGUGCAAGCCUAGGGAGCGUGUCGGACCUGUUACCCCUCGCCUGUCGUAUGGCGAAUCAUAAGAAAAACGCUGUGCAUUUCGUACUUGUGGGAAGGGAUGAUGUUUCCAUUGAGGGAAUCCAACGCGUAAACGGGCUGAAUGGGGAGACUUGCCCGCUCAACUGGCAUGAUGCCCGAGUUGACUACGCUCGUUGGUCCACUGAUGGUCGCAUGGAGCGAGCAGUAGCUGCUGUACUGCCAUACGUCCAGGCAUAUCUUCGACCGCGGGUGCUGAUUACCCAAGGAGAACCCCUGGAAGAACAAUUCUUCUUGAGAGCCAUGCGAAAAGCCCAAGAAUAUGGAUUGUCACAUAUUAUCCUUCCCCGGGCCGCAAGGGACUUAAUGUGGAUAGCUGCUCUUGACAGCCAUGCUCUUCAAAAUUGGAAUGAUAUUCAUGUCGAAUUUCUCAUAAAUGCAGCGUCACACUCCACUGGUUCGCUUCUCAGGUUAAUCAAAUCCCUAGACCGGGCAGAUUUUCUCGGGUUCAGCCCGGGUUUGACAAUUGAGCUCCCUUCUCAUGCAGACCAUGGCCUGCUACAAUCUCUUGAAGGAAUGAAGUGGCUCUCUGGUACAUCCAGCAAAAUCACUGUGCGUCGGCGGAUUCAGUUACACCAGAUGAGCCCCAACGAGGCCUCUUUACGUACAGUCGAAGCCUUUUAUCCCAAAAAGCCGACUUUCUCGCACGUUGUUAUGCUCUCUCCUAAUGUUGAACUAGCACCUUCCUUCUUCCACUACUUGCUGUAUACCAUGUUGAAAUACAAGUACUCGGCCCAAUCUACCAUGCCAUAUGACAAGUUGAUGGGAAUUUCCCUGGAACUUCAAUCGUCGCCUCUUACCAACAACAAGCCUAUCGAACGACCGGAUAUUGAAAACAGUUACUAUCGGAACAACAACGCGCCAGGCACACUGCCCAUGUUCUUAUGGCAAGCACCUAAUAGCAAUGCUGUGCUUUACUUUGGUGAUAAGUGGGCGGAGUUGCAUUCUUUUCUCAGCCGUCGACUGGCAGCUAAAAUAGACGCCGAGUCCCAAGUGGAGGGGGAUGAGAGAGUUAUUUCGAAAAUAUAUCCUGCCUUCAUGGAACAUUUGCUUGAGCUGCUUCGUGCCAGGGGAUACUACCUGCUAUAUCCUGCGUUUUCUGAUAAAGGAAAAUUUUCCCUUGCAACUUUCCACAACGAAUUAUUUCAACUACCGGAAGAGUUUGACCAGAGAUCUGACACGGAUUCCAUUUCUGAAGCAUUCCGUGGACCCGCGAUGAAUGAGAAACCUCUAAGCAGGGCUUCAACCUUGAUGCCACUCCUUAACACGUUCGCGCUAGAGUUACCUGACAUCAAAGCUCUACCUAAACUGUCAUACCGUGGCGAAGAGCUGACUGACUCGCUGGACCGCCUAGCAAGCGAAGAAUAUCGGAGGGAAUUCAGUGUACGUUAUGGAGGCUGCCAGGGCUCGGUGGGCGAUGGGACCGCAGAUCUGUUCUGCCAAGCAUGA